CAGCGAGCGGCUUGUUUCCUGACGGCUCAUCAGCAACGAGGAGCGGGCGUUGGAAUGGUAUGGUAGGUGGGUCCGCGCGGGUACGAAAAGAUACAUGUUGAGCCGGCCUGGGUUGGGUGCGCCGCGGCUCUUAAGAGGGCCGCAUAUAGGGACGUGGAUGGCACCGAUCAACCAAUAUGGGAAUUUGAUUGCGGGUCUAAGCUACGGCGAGCAUUUUGGGGGCGUGUCGGUUCAAGGUGGCGGCACCGACGAUGCAGGAUGCAGCGGGCAGCGUGGACUGUGCUGGAUGUGGAAUGUUGGUGUGCAGCAGAACCCCGGUCGGCACAGGGGUGAAUUGGAGGUGGUGAGAGGCAGAAAAGCAGCACCAACAUGCGUGCCCUGCCGCCCAUCUCGUUUGCAGAGCAUGUGUGGCCCCAGAGACGUCUCUGACGCACGAUACAUACAGCGGGACAGGCUGGACAGGACAGGACAGGUCUGGCCCAUGCCAUGUCCAUGUCCACUCCAUGUCCAUGUCCAUGUCCACUCCAUGUCCAUGUCCAUGUCCACUCCCAUGUCUAUGCCGGUCCGGUAUUGGCCUGCCUGCACCUCCAGGCACUCGACAGACUGCCUGUGUUAUACCCCGCCGCGUCGACUAAGCUGCAGCGUCAAGGCGGAAACAGCACUGGCCGACCAGCUAUAUUGUACCCAGGCACAGAGCAGUGGGUGGUGGUCAAAAGAAGACGGGGCGGACCACUGACUGACUGACCUGCAUAUCUUGUUGAUUGACUUCUUUGGACGACUACGACGACGACAACCCCAUCCACCUCUCCAGCCCGGCGCUGAACCUGCCUCGACGUCCCCACCUCU